GUCGCGGCCUGCGACUUCGGCGACGUCGCGCCCGGCGACAUGCUCCGCUUCGAAGUGGGGAACCGGUCGUACAACGUCUACCACGCCGAGGACGACGGGCUCUGGUACGCCACCGCGGGGAAAUGCACCCACGGCGCGGCCUACCUCGCCGACGGCCUCGUCGUCGAGAAGACGCUCGUCGAGUGCCCGAAGCACAACGGCUGCUUCGACUUCAAGACGGGCCUGCCGAAGCGGCUCCCCGUGAAGACGCGGCUCGCCACCUACGCGACCAAGGUCGAGGCCGGCGUCGUCCACGUCCAGGUC